AUUUCCUUUUGCAUCCCAACUGCCGCCCCAUGAUCGCGAACAUCAUCCAUCCCAUUCCACACAUCCACUUCUCACUUACAUCACCUGUAGCCAGAGCAACCAGAGACAUCACAAACUCAGCCGUUUGAACUUAUCUGCAAUUGCCUAGUAUUAUUGAAACUCAUCAGGUCGCUUCACCUCUUGAUACUCCGAUUGCUAGAGUUCAUCUUGAGUCUCUGACCUACUUCACCUUAUCCCCCCCUCUAUCAUCAUCAUCACCUCACCUUGGCGGCAACUGCAACCCGACGCUAAAAAACACCGCGCGCCUUCUCACCUUUAUCAACAGUUGCAUGCGCAAUUGAAGCCUUCAAAGAAAUCUGAACAGGAAGGACCGGUGCACCACCACCAGACGACCCGGGCUGCCUGCCUGCCCUUUUCGACAUAAUGGCCACCGCCUUCGCCGCAUCAACACCUUCACCUCCUCCCUCUACCAUUCGCACACCACCGACACCCAAACACGGCUGGAGCGACAACUGGGAGCCUUAUUCUCCUCGCAAGUCGGCACGCAUUUCAUCUCGUCGAGCUGCAAACCGAACUCCUUCUCCGCAACCACCUACUCACCGCACUCCUCCUCGAUCAACUCGCAAACCCAUCGCACCUUCCGCCGCUGCGGCCAUCAUGUCGCCUGCCGCUACACCUCAGAAGAAGCGCCAACCUGCGCAAGAUUCCGUUCGCCGCGCUUCAGGUUUCUUAACUGCUGACAGCUCAUCGCACGCUGCGUCGUCGCUCGGAAUUGACAUGAUGGAUCGCCAAUCGAACCACACCGCCUCGACUCGUCGCAGCGGUAUGCUACCCACGCCAGCCAAGACGCCCAAGAAGGCACCUACCGAGAAGCAAACUGCGCAAAUCAAGUCGGUCGCGCGCAAUCUGUUCGCAAACGACGAGGCACUGGCCACACCCAAGAGAAAACGAACCCCGAAGAAGUAUUCAGGCAAUUCGUUGGAGAGCUUCACCGCCACUGAAGUAGAAGAAAAGAUUGACAUCUUUACCGAUUCGCAUGACCGCGUUCCUGUACCCGACUCCAGCGUGGACAAUCCGUUUUAUGGCGAUAGCGUCACCGUCGACCGAGAGCCCCCGCGCCGUCGCAGCAAGCGCAAGGUCGCGAUUCCGGGAGAAGCUGCGCAAGGCAUCGACGAUGCGCUUCAGCGCGAGGACGGCAUGGUUUAUGUUUUCCGAGGAAAGAAGAUCUUCCGCAAGUUCGCUGAGCCCGAAGAUGAAGACGAUGAAGAGGGCAGCUCAAGCGAAUCUCGCAUUCGCAGACCGCUCACUCGUUCUGCCAUCAAGCCGCGCCUACUCUUCCCUGUUACGCCCAAGGCGCCUGCUACAGGCACCACUCUCGAGGAGGAGGAAGCCGUGACUGACAUCGAAGAUCAUUACCUCGAGGAAGACAACGAGAUCGAGGAUGCGCCAGAGACCCCGGCUGAGAUUGAGGAAGAGGCCCCAGCAACUCCCAAGGCACCCAAGUUCGGUCAGACGGUCGCAACUCCACCGGAUACUAGGCGCACCACCCGCUCUGGAUUGAAGGCGGAAGAACCGUCACCGAUCAAACGCAAGACUCGCGCGAGUCCCUUUGACGGCUGGCCGCGUGUCAAGAGCCGCCACGGAAGCAGUGCCACGAAGCGCGCGGGCGACGAGCUCGAAGCUUCUGCUCCUAAGCGAACUCGCACUUGAUACUCGUACAGUUAAUUCGUUUUUGAGUAUCGGUCUUUGCGCAUCUCAGCGAUUCGGAGUCUGGGUCAUUAUUCCGCUUCGAUCAGGAUUAUGGGAGGAGGAAGCACAAUUCUCCGAUGGGCUUUUGUGUAAUGGGAACUUCACUUUCUGGGCAAGGGAUAAAUUAGCUGGUGGGGGUACCAAUGGUAUUCUCAGCCAGAUACCCUUUUUCUACGGAUACUAGGGUAGACUUUUUGUACUGGACAAUUCUUGUAAAGCCUGCAGGGAAGGAUUGGGAUUACGGCGUUUGUUUAGCCUUCCAUCAUAGGCUGACAUUGCGUGUAAUAUGAGAGCUGCGGUCAGUUCUCACAAGUCUGCAGACUAGGACAACACCAACGAUUUUACAUAGCACCAUUUUUCC